AUGACAGAACCAGGGCCAUCCGUAGCGAACCUCUCCCAAACCCCCUCGUCCACACCCGGCGGCAAUGCUUCCUGGUACGACUCGAUGCUGACACACCUCUCGUCCCAACCCACCUGGCCGGCGGACAAGGAGAACGCCAUCCUCGAGCCGUACACCUACCUCGACUCCAACCCAGGCAAAGAAGUGCGCACCAAGCUCAUCGAAGCGUUCAACGUCUGGCUCCAGGUGCCCACGCGCAAGCUCGAUGCCAUCUGCGACGUCGUGCGCAUGCUGCACACCGCCUCGCUCCUCAUGGACGAUGUCGAAGACAAUUCCGACCUGCGCAGAGGCAUCCCCGUCGCACACAAGAUCUACGGCAUACCCCAGACCAUCAAUACGGCCAACUACGUCUACUUUCUCGUCUUCAGCGAAAUCUUCCGUAUGAACGAAGACUCGUCCUCCGAUUCACCGCCGCUCUCUCCCACCGCAGCAACAACAGCGAGUGGCAUGCCGAAAGCUACGGUCGAGCGGCUGGUCGUUGACGAACUGAUCAACUUGCAUCGUGGGCAGGGAAUGGAUCUGCUGUGGCGCGACAGCCUGAUAUGUCCCACCGAAGAAGAAUAUGUCGAGAUGGUCAACAACAAGACGGGAGGGCUGUUCAGGAUUGCGGUCAAGCUGAUGCUGUCCCAGUCGCCGUCUGCGCGUGCCGCUGGAUUCCCGGACUUGAUCCCGAUGGUCAACCUGAUUGGUCUGCUGUUUCAGAUCCUGGACGACUUUAUGAACUUGCAAAGUAGCAAGUAUGCCGAAAAUAAGGGCUUCGCCGAAGAUUUGACCGAAGGCAAGUUCAGCUUCCCCAUCAUCCACUCGAUCAGGGCGAGUGUCGGGCAGGACACCGCCGCGACCGCAGCAGGAGCGUCGGCCAGCACAGAUGCAACAGCUGGUCAAGGCAUCAACGCUCCCAAUCCAAGCGCGAUUCCUACCAACACAGCGGCAGGCAAGAGCGCAAACAGACAGAUCCUCAACGUUCUCAAACAACGGCCGACGGAUCUGGCGACCAAACAGUACGCUGUCUCGUACAUGCGCAACGUGACCCACUCGUUCGACUACACCAUCGACGUCCUCGAGCGUCUGGAUGCUCAAGCCAAGACCGAGAUCCAACGGCUCGAAGCGCUGAUUGGGAUACCCAACCCACGGCUCACCGCCAUCUUGGAGGCGCUCAAGACGAGUUGGAAAUCGGCGUGA